GUGCUGUGCAUUUAUUCAUGCAAAAACCCUCUAUUAAAUACUGAGCCAUGGUUGCAAUGGAGCCAUUGGAGUUGCACUGUUGCAUUAGAGCCAUUUUGCAUCCUCUACAUGGCUCUGGUCAGAGCCCUAGAGAUCUAUAUAAGGCUCUGGCAUAGACAGUAAAAGGGGCUCUGGCUCUGAUUUAGUAUGAGAGAUUCUAUCAGUGGAUUUAAAUCAUUACAAGUGGAGUUCUAGAACUCUGUUGACAUCACCUGUUGGAAUCUUAUGAACAUUCUUACUGUGCAAAGUAGAAUACUGAGGUAGAACACUCAAUCAGUUUGACCUGGCUACAGAGAUAACACUGAGAGAGAGCUUUCUGCUGGCAAUUUGACACAAAUUCAUCAAUUCACCUGUUUCAAUAAUUACUUGCUAUUGUUAAUCCUGUGUUUCAUCAACUACUACUGCUAAAGGACAAAGGAGAAGUCUAUUUUUGAGACCUUUAGACCAAGUUGAGGCCGAUUUCAGUUGCUGAAGAUGGAGGUGAGGGGAGAUCAUGGCUGCUUUAUGCAAGCCAUGAGAGUCUGCUUAGCCACCAUUCGAGACCGGAUCAGACAAAGGAGAACAAGACAGAGGACCAAAAAUUAUAGGACCUGUCAAAACUUUGCCGUGGCCAAGACUGAUUCGGAGAAAGGGAGAAAAGGGAAGAAGUCACUGGAUUCUGGGCUGAACACCAGGGCGUAUAAACCAAACCACUCGGCUAAAGUUGCACCCGCUAACGUGGACACCACUCAGGGAAGGAGGCAGCAGGAAGAUGGAGCUCCUGGAAAACUCCAGGACAGAAUGAAGGCUUCUCUGCAGGCUUUUGAGGAGCGGCGCAAGCCAUACUGGGUGCUCCAGAGAGAAAAAAACAUGGAUGAUAUAAACAGGGAGGCCUCUCAGGCCAGAGGGGAUCUCCAGCCUGGAGAACCAGCUACUGAGAAGGUGAACAUGGAGGACACUGAGGCUGGAGAGGAUCUUCAGCCUGAUGAACCAGCAACUGACCUUGGCUCCAGUUACCCUGCCCCAGUCGAAGGGUCCCUUGACACCGAAGCUGGAGAGGAUGCUCAGCCUGAUGAAACAGCAAGCUGGGUCGUGACUAAUGCCCAGAUGUGGCAGAAAAUGGCCCAAGAUGGCCGCGUCGUCUACACAAUGCCCAUCAUGAACUUUGAAGGGUUCCUUGUCACUCGGGCUGGAGAGGGGCUUCAGGCUGAUGAACAAGAUUUUCAGUCUGAUGAACCAGCAAGCUGGAUUGUGGCUAAUGGCCAGAUGUGGGAGAACAUGGCCCAAUAAGACGGGUCCUGUUGUCUGAAGAAUGCCCCUCAUGUACUAGGAUCCUGGAAGAAGGCCUUCUAUCCUUCUCAUAUGGGCCUUCUAUCCUAUCUACUGUAUAUUGGACUCCAUCCUUAAAUACUGUGGACAGCUAUUCAGCUACUUUUCUUCAACUGUUCAGCUGCCCUUCAACUGAGCAUUUCAUUAGUAUUCUACAUCAAAUAAACAUUUUUGCAUACUUGGA